AUGGACGCCAGAAUCCGCCCGCCGAGGUACAUUUCGCUCGACCUCUCCAAGGGGGCGGAGGUCCUUCGUGUCCCCGUCUGCAACAAGCUGGAUGACGACAGGUCUCCCCUGCUAUUUGAGUACACUGUCCGCCCCGAGUUCCCGGUGCCCCCAGCGUCCGGGCCGGUCAGCCGGCAGAGGGGCUGCCACUGCGCCACGGGCUGUGGCUCCAAGUGCAGAUGCGAGAGGAAGAACACUGGAGGACUGGUGUACAAUGAGGAUGGCACUCUGGUGAUGGGAAGACCGGUGGUGUAUGAAUGCGGUGCUCUGUGUGCUUGCCCCAUGACCUGCAUGAACCGGGUGACGCAGCGAGGGAUGAAGCACCGGCUGGAGGUGUUCCGCUCCAACGAGACAGGCUGGGGUGUUAGGGCGCUGGACUUGAUACCGCCGGGCGCUUUUGUGUGCGAGUACAGUGGGGAUGUGGUCGCCAUGGAUGAUCAUCCAGGCAACACACUGAUGGAGGAGCGCAGCAUCAUCGACCCGAAGCGGUUUCCGGAGCGAUGGAAGGAGUGGGGAGAUGCCUCAGCCGUCGACCCAAGCAUCAGGGGACCCCAAUGCGCUCAGUUUGCAGGGCCAGGUUACCUUCUCGAUGUGUCCCAGAAGAGGAACGUUGCCUGCUACAUCAGUCACAGCUGCACGCCGAACGUGUUCCUUCAGUUUGUAGUCCGUGGCAAUGAGGAUGAACGGUACCCUCACCUGAUGGUUUUUGCCAUGGAGACAAUCCCACCAAUGCGAGAGCUGAGCAUCGAUUAUGGGCCAUAA